AACUAAUUUUCCGCAUUCCAACGAUUAACCACCAAAUUGCACCUGGAACGGACACUAGGCCACUACAUGAGGUGUGGCAACGAUAGCGACAAGUAGACCUGUUGUACCAGAGUUUGGGCCAAGUCCAAAGCUUUGCGUAUUACUAGUGUUCAUGUACACAUAAAAGGUGACAUUCGUAGGCUUUGGCUCUAGUAAAGGAUGGAAGACAAAAUUGGAGAUCCACUCGUCUAUGAGUCUCCUUCGGAGAAGCUGGAAAUAAAAAAUGAGACGCUACUGGAACGAUACAGUUCAAACAUUCUGGAACAGCCCGGAGAAGUCGAUAAUGUCACGAGGUACAUCGACAUAUUCCAGGAUUCUGAUGAAUACGAAUCUGAAUUGUAUGGUUUGCGCGAAACUAGGAAUGAUUUUAAUUAUCAACGCGACUCUGAUGAUCUAUACCGCACUAGUGCAAGGCAACUUACGUUUUCAGAUAGAGUAGCAAAGGAAAGACUCAAGCUCCAGAGCAACAAGCGAUCUGGAAGCCUGCGCAGCUCAUCAGCCCGUUCUUACAGGUAUUAUAAUCCCCUUGAAAGAAGUGCACGCUUCGAUAGGUUUAUAGGACGGCGGAUUCCUCACAGGAUUGAAUGUGAACUUGAGAUGCCAAGUGACCAAACUGAUAUGGCCGUGUACAGAGAUUUAGACUCUUGCUCUGAUAAAAUUGCACUACGACAUUCCAAAAUAGACUCAAGAUUGAAUGCGCAAGUUAAUUACAUUAAGACAGUGCAAAAUAGUAUUAGAAUUAAAAAACCACAGACUGAAACGAGACUAGAAAAUAAAAGGUUGGAGGAGGAAAACAAACUUUUGAAGGCAGAAAAUGAAAAGGUGAUGAAGGAGCUGGAAUUUACAAAACAAAACCUUCAAAACAUGGAAUCUGAUUUAAUCAUUGAAAGAAAGCAUAACCAAGAGGCAUUAAAAGACAAAAUACAGCUGCAAAACAAAAUAAAUCUCUACUCUCAAGAAAACAAGUCCCUAAUAUCAUCGCAAGAAAUCAUACAAAACAUGCAUAAAAACGAAAUUGAUGAACUGAACAAGAGAAAGUUCGAACUCUCCAACAAGGUAGCAGUCUUGCAAAAGGACUUGGAUUAUUUUAAAGACAAUCUACAAGAAUCACACAAGAUUAAUGAAAAUUUGAAGAGUGAGAUAACCACGUUGCUUGAAACGCUAAAAAAUGAUAAACAUGAAUUACAGCGGUUGAAGAAUGAAAACAAGAGGUUGAUGGAAGACAACUCCAUAUACAAAUCACAAAAUUCCUCCCUUAUAGAGAUAAACGAUAGGUUAAGAUCAAGAAGCCUGUUUAGAUCUCAAAAUGUAAACACCUCUUGUGAUAACUCAUGCAAAUCCAACAGCUCUCAGUCAACAAUAAAAAGCUAUGUUUCUGAAUGUACCAUAAUAUCUGAUAAUAGAGAUCAGCCCUAUAAUAAUAUACAAGAUUUUAACUUUGAAGGUAUGCUCCAAAUGUCUGUAUCAGAAACACCGGAAGUUUACGAACUCACACCACAAAUUGAAUCAAUCAACCCUGAACAACCCUCAAGUGAUCUAGAGUGCAAAGACCUAAAACUGGCUCAAAGUUUAAAGUUAUCCAAUCCUACUACGAAAUGGGUACUUAAUAGGGUCUCCAGGCAGUCAAGUGUUGAUGCUUUACGUCAUCUAAAAGACAAGAUCAAAAACAUCUCAGACGAGUGCAAUAUUCCAACAAUCAACAUAAAUCCCACAAUAAAUUGUCUACACAGCAAUGUAACAAUAAAUCUCAUACAAAACAAAUUGGAGCUCAUAUCGCAGCAUUUAAAAGGUUCAAAUCCAAAUUGUUUUGCUCAUUAA